UGCGUGGACCUCCCCAUCUCCAAUAAUUCCACUGCCGCACGGCUCCUCCUCCUCUCGCCUUCGCCCUCCGCCGCCUUCGAUUCGCUCUGCUCUCACCUCUCGCCGCCGAGGGAAGCAGCAGCAGCAGCAGACCGCCACAACUCCGGCCAUUGCCGGGGUUAAAGUGGAAUCGGUAGGGGACUGCUAGGGGGGGCACUAGGGAUCGGAUCGGGAGAGAUGAAGAUUACGGUUUCUUCGUCCGCCGUCGCACCUGCUAACGCCAUCGCUCCUACUAACCCUAGGAUCACUCUGCUUUUUCUCCUCUCUGACCCGACUAUUAUUUUUAGCCUUGUCGAUAGUGAUGUUAAGUAUCUUCAGAAGCCUUUCUAUUAGAUUAGUGUAAAUAGUAGACUUUUGUUCAGGUUUAGUUUGGCUAGAGGAAUUAGUCUCUGGUUUGUGUUCAUUUCUGCUAGCAAUAAUGGCUGCAAUGAACGAAAAGGUAUUGGGUAAAUGUGGAAGGAACAUAAGUAGUCUCAAGAGAAAGCGGGACAGCCCCGCUGCAUACCAUGCGGAUGCUUGCCGCACCUCUGAACUGCAUCAGUGUCCUGCCGACGACUCUGCUGUUAGGUUUCAUGUUGAUCAAGACCAUAAGGCAAAAAUCUUGUGCCACUUCAACAGGCAGAUUUUGAAGAGCUAUAAGAACUUCAUGACUAGCGCGCCACCUAAGCGUAUUCUACUCCGCCAAGGUUCUGACUGGAAAGACUUCCCAGAAAAAAUUGUCAAGUUGGCCCAAGUUGACUUCAGGGCAAAAAAGACAAUCACAGAAACAGGAUAUCAGAACCAGCUUUUUUUGCUGGAUUUUGUGCAUAUGACGUUCAUAGACUCAAAGACAGAUCUUCAGAGGCCGAUAGCUUGGAUUGAUGAAAAUGGAAAGGGCUACUUCCCGGAAACGUUUCUGCAAGAUCAGAAACUAUUUAAGAAGAAAGAUUUUGGCAAUGGAAAUCAAGGGUACAUUAGUGUUGAGCCAAAUGGGACACGAGAAAUGAAUGGCCAGCUCAGAACAUCAGAAAGUUCUGCAGAAAGCUCGAACUUUGAGUCCAGUACUGAAGAUGUUUCCAGUCCUAAGAGAGCUAGGGCUGAAAAGUGUGCCAUGGGGAAAAAUUAUUGUGAUGUGGGAGAAGCUACUGGUGAAAAUGAGCCAUGCACUUUGUUGCCUACAGCCUUUAAUAUGCUGCCACACCAAGAUAAUCUGGGUGAGCUAUCACGUGCUCAGCGCACUAUUGAAGCCGUGGAGAAAUUGUUGCUGCAUGGGAUGGGUGCUGUUAUUGGAUCCAAGGACAUCAUUGGGAUCUACAGAACUCCGUUACUGAAUGACUGUGGACAAGUCCGUUACCAUCUUCAUCAAAAGCAGGUACAUGCUACUGGAUGUCACCGUGGAAGUGCUAAUGUCCGUUAUGCAUGGCUUGCUUGCUCCAAAAGCACUGUGCAUGAAUUGAUGCUGAACAGCAUGUUACAAGUUCAUAAGCCCAUUAAGUGUCCUGCCUAUGGAAAUGGCACCCUCCUUGCACCAGCAAGUCACUCCGAUCUGUGUGUGAAAUACUCUGAUGUUGAUGAAAAUGGCAUUGUCCAUAUGAUGUUGUGCCGUGUUAUAAUGGGGAACGUAGAAAUAGUUCACCAUGGAUCUAAGCAGCACCGACCUAGUAGUGACUAUUUUGAUAGUGGAGUAGAUGACCUUAAAAACCCACAGCAUUACAUUGUGUGGGAUAUGAAUCUGAAUAGUCACGUCUAUUCUGAGUUUGUUGUCACCAUCAAAUUGCCCAAAGAUUCCCUUGUCAGACAAGAAGAUUGUCAGAAUUCAUCUGAAGUUUCACUGGUCUUGAAUUCUAGUUCACCUGAUUGUAUGCCAGUGGAGAUGAGCCUCCAGGCGUCUCCACCAUUGGGAGGUCAAUGCGCAGCCCCCAUGCUAGGAGAUUCAAUGGAAAGGGCUCCAAGUACACCUUGGAUGCCCUUCUCCAUGUUGUUUGCAGCAAUUUCUACCAAAGUAUCCCCUGAGAAUAUGGACCUGGUCAUUAGUUGUUAUGAAGAAUUCAAGAGCAAGAAAAUAAGCCGAGCUGAACUAGUAAAGAAGCUGAGGAAUAUAGUUGGUGACAGAGUGCUGAUAUCGGCAAUAAUGCGGCAUCAAGACAAGUUACCUCCAAAGGGGAGGCGUGAGGCACCCAACACAUCGGUAAAGAUGGUGGCGAAAUCGUGAAGUCUCGGAAUGCUCCCAAGAGAGAAGGAACUGGCCGACUUGACAUAAAGUUGGAGGCACGAUGAAGCCUCGUGAGUUGCUUUGCGUCUGUAUAUGGCUGGCUGCUGUUUGUUCUUUCUGUCGUAGGAGUUUAUGCUGGUGAAGAAUUCGAUCAUCUGUUUUUUAUUGCAAAAUGGAAGCUAUGCAGCUAUCCCGUGCUUGUGGAAUCAAUGAUUAUCAGGAAAAAAAAAAAAGAGUCCCCAUAUUGUUACCUUCCCGUUCACCCUUUUGAAAGAUCGAGUUGGAUAUUGUUAAUGUUGGUCUUAUAUACUAUAUAUUAUCCUUUUGAGUU